AUCCCUAGAUGGUACGCUCAAAGCUCAAAGCAUUUAAAAUUCAGCCGUUUUUAUUUUAACCGCCGCUCUUGGACUUGACUAUUUAAUUUAACUGCGUUUAUGCUGCACUUGUAUGCAAUUCAAGUAUAUGAUCAUAAAAAGUGUUAUUGGUGGAAUAGGAGUGAUUUUACUGUUUUGUUUUUAUGUGUUUUGUGCGUCUAGUGUCAUUACAUAUAGAUAAAUUGUAAAAUAUAAUUUGCCGAAGCCAUGUCUUCGGUUAAUGAUAGACUUGCCAAGUUAAGGGAGGAAAGAAAAGCAAGAGAGGAGGAGAGAAUUAGAAAGUUAAGAGAGCUCAAUUUGAAGAAAUACAACAGUUUUCACUCGUCUUCGGAAUCAGAGACUAAAAAUGGAGUAUCAAAUUCAGUUAAGAAUCAACCCCGUGUUUUAUCUGCUCCGAGAGGAUCUGUUUCAAGUUUUGCAAACAAACCUACCACUAGUAAAGAUGUGGCUUCCAACAGUAGACAUGAAGCAUUGUCGAAUUUAAAACGACAAAAAAGUACUGAAAUUAAACCAAAAAACAGCACAUGCAACGGAAGCCAUGUUGGAAAUAAACCUGUUUUACAAAAGGCUAAUAGUAAUUUUGCAAGUAGUAUAAGCAAGUCUUUCAAUUACACAAGCACCACAACCAAGAAUCACUCUGAAUUGAAUAAGAAUCAUUUACAUGUUAAAAACGUAAAUCAAAGAGUUUCAACAGUUCCUAGACCUAUAAAAAAACCUACAGUAUCAAAUAAUGGACAAUCCAGCAGUAAAAUGGAAUCAAUUACUAGUGUUCAGGAUAAUAAAGAGGUUGAGUCAAAAGAUAAUGUUCAACAUGAUAAUAGUACUGGAAAUAAACAAACAUUAAAUAUACCAAAUGGAGAAAAACAAGAGCCAAAUGUUGCUGAUAACUUGCCACAAACUAGCAAUAGUACAGAACAAAGUGCUAACACAAAGACAAGUACGGCAAACAACAAAGUCACUGCUAACCAUCGUAAAACUCUGGCACCAAUAUCUACCAAGUCCAGUGUAGCGAUAAAAUUAUUUACAACAUCUAAAACGGAUAAUAGGAAAAGCCUUCCUGCUUUUAAAACUAAAGACAUUAAAAAAUUCUCUCCAAGAAGGGAAACAGUUUUUGAACGAUUAUAUAAACCGAAAACGGUAGCUAAACAAGUUGUGGAUGAUGCGCAGAGAUUGAGGACAGAUCCUAGUUAUUUGAAAAAACUUAUUGAAGAAUCACAACUGACUACAGGAGUGAAACGCCCUAUUCCACAAACCAAACCAGUUAGAAGGUCUAUUUCGGCUGUACAUUUACGAAGAAUCAGUAAAAGUGAACAAGCAAAAUGUAUCCAAAAUUGGGCAUCGGUUGGAGAAAAGUUAGAUAAAGUAAAUGUAAACGAAAUAGAUGAAGAUGAUUGUAUCAAUUAUGAGAAAGUAGUUUCUGCUGUUAAAAGUGAGAGGAAGAAAGUGAAAUUUAUGACUCCUGUUACGAUGAAGUAUAACACUCCAAGUUCGGAAGAGUUGCAGGCUAGGUUGCAAAAAUGGUUACAGAAACAUGGCAAAUCGAUGGACUCCUAUCAUCAUCUGCAAUGUUUUGGUAUACGUCAUCUAACUAAGAAGCCAUUGGAAUUACCAGUUCUACCGUUAUUCAAUGAUGAGGACGAAAAUAAAGAAAAUGUGGCAGUGGAGUCAGACAGUGACAAUCAGUCUUAUACGGACAAUCUAAAUCAUCAUGAAAUUGACUUUCCUAAAGAAGACAAAGAUGAUUUCGGCAAGGACAAGUGGCGUAGCGCGAGAUAUGUCAGCGAGAGUGUCAGUUUGAAUGAGAUAAAUGACAUAACAAUGACACCUUCCGUUGACUUCAAUCAUCUGGAUGUGUUGCUGCACGGUGCUCUCACUGACUUGACUGAGUUGCUGCGAGAGGGAUUCGAUUGGGAACAGUGUGCGUGCUGGCUGCGCUCCAUCCGCGACCGGUUCCCCGCGGCCACGCAGACGGCGGCUUACUGGGAGUGCCGCGCUGCGCUGGAGGAGCGCCGCGGGGACCUGCCCGCCUCCAUGCAGUGUUGGGAAGAGGCCAUCGCUAUGGGCACUGAGCGCUCAGUAGUGGAAGAGAACUUGGACCAACUGUUGGAUAAGUUUAUGCAGCUUAAGAUCAGCCCCAGCAACCGCCACGUGCCGAAGGUGGACCCCAAGAUGGUGGAUGUGAAGAAUGUCUUGAAGAGUACCAUUAUAAGAUUUGCUGUGCACAAAGCGAAGAUCCCUAAACCUACUCCUGAACGUGUGAAAUCCGAACAAUCAAUUGCACCUUUACAUAGUCGUAAUUCAUCAAAUCCCGAGCCAGCGAAGUACACGGUGACUCCUGUCCGUCGAAGUGCAAGGCUCAGUAUGCACUACAGCAGCGCUCGCACGCCGCUGCAGGAGUGUGCUACCGUCAGCCAGGCCUCCAGUCUGGGACAUCCUGUAUUCUUUGUGCCCAACGACCAGCUUAAUGGAACACCGUAAACAACUAGUGUCGGCGACAUCCAAUGUUGGCGACACCAAAUGUCGGUGAC